GUGGGGUUGUGUGCAGUGUAACAAGUGACUACUGAGUUAAGGUGCCACUUCUCAAUUGGUUCAGUUCAAUUCAACAACUAAAUUUCAAACUUUUUCCUUUUCACAAUCGAACUUGAGGAUACCAUCACCCAUGAGUUUUCAAGACAUCCAAGGUGGGUCCCACCCUCCCUCCCGCCGGACCCAGUCGCCGUCGCAGGCCGUCGCCGCCGGAAUUUUUCAGAUCAACACCGCCGUCGCUACUUUCCGCCGUCUCGUCGAUGCCGUCGGAACCGUUAAAGACACUCCCGAACACCGUCAGAAGCUGCACAAUACGAGGCAGAGGAUAUUGCAACUGGUGAAGGAUACUUCUGCUAAGCUCAAAUCGUUGACUGAAUCUGAUCGUGAUGCUAAUGCCAAUGCAAGUAAGAAAAUUGAGGAUGCUAAGCUUGCAAGAGAUUUCCAGACCACAUUGCAAGAGUUCCAAAGAGUACAACAGCUUGCUUCUGAGCGCGAAUCGACUUAUAACCCUGCUGCCCCUUCUUCUUUACCUACAAGCUCUGGUUCUGGUGAGGAAUCGGUUGGGUUGGACGUGGAAAGGCAACCUUUUAUCAGAGAGCAAAUGAGGCAAGAAAUACUCCUAUUGGAUAAUGAAAUAUCCUUCAACGAGGCCAUGAUUGAAGAAAGAGAACAGGGAAUUAGAGAGGUAGAAGAGCAAAUUGGACAAGCAAAUGAAAUAUUCAAGGACCUAGCUGUUCUGGUUCAUGAGCAGGGUGUUGUUAUUGAUGACAUUCAGUCAAAUAUUGAUGCUUCUGCUGGUGCAACAACUCAUGCUAGGGUCCAGCUAGCCAAGGCUUCCAAAAAUGUGAAAUCCAAAACCUCAUGGUGUUGGUGGGUGCUUGCAAUUUUUGUGGUCGUGCUGAUCAUCUUACUCGUUUUACUCAUUCUUUAGUGUGCAAGUGCAUACAAGCCGGACAGAUUUUCAUUCCUUCAUUGUUACUUUUUCGAGAUUGAUUUAAAUUGAUGAAUCUUCCCAUAUUUUGUGAGUGUUUUUGUGGUGUGAAGAGUGUUUUGUCCAAAAGAAAUAUGUUUAGAGAGUCCUGCAAUACAGUUUGAUAUGUUGACUGUGCAUUGCAGCUGGAAGUUGGGAGUGAGGUGAAGCGAUGUUAAGAAAAGUUGUCCUCUAUUUGUAAUAUAUAGAUUUGCAAUGUAGAAUUUGUAGUUGUUUAAACAUGAAUUCACAAGCCAUGUACAAUGAAUUAACAAGUUCUUGAUGGCAAGUUCUUGUCCUGUGUGCA